CCGGUUGCAGAUGCGCCCCCGGCGGCCGGCCAGGGUGCCCGGGACGCGGACGCCCGUGUGAUGUCGGCCCGGCCCCAUGGCGGCGCGGGGCUUGCUGCCGCCUCCUCGCCGCCCAGCCGGCCCGGCCCCCGGCCCUCGGUGCCCGCGGCUCGGCGGCGAACCGAUGCGUGACGUCGCCACCAGGAAGAAGAAAAGGCGGAGGCCGCCGCCGUACCUGGAGGUGGCCGUCGAGGGCACCGCCUUCGAGGACGCCGCCGUCGACGCUGUCGUCGAGGAGCGGCCCCCGGGAGGAGGCAUGAGUUUGCGCGCUUGCCGGCCCCCCAGGAGCUGCCAUGGAGCGCAAGCGCUCGGUACGUCGGGGCUACCCGUCCCGGCGCCCGCAAAAGCCUCUCGGCGAGAAGAUCAAGGACUUCCUCCGCCACUUUGUCGCCUUCAUGUUCAGCAACGUGGGCAUCAUCGGGCUGGUCGUGGGCUACUCCAUCGUGGGCGCGCUCAUCUUCCAGAAGAUCGAGGGUGGCAACAAGUCGCGCCAGACGCACCGCGAGGAGGACGCCGCCGUGCUGCUCAACCUCACGGCCAGCGAGCUCUGGAACGUGACCUGCUGCGGUGUCGUGCCCCUGGAGGAGACCGCCUGGCGGGCCGAGGUGACGCAGAUUGUUCGGAAGUACCAGGAAGGGCUCGUCAGCGCGUACAAGUCGGGCGGCUCGGACAGCACCAAGGCUACCGACAACUGGUCCUUCUCGGGCGCCUUCUUGUACUCGCUCACCGUCAUCACCACCAUAG